CGUGUGGUUGUGGACCUCUUCACCUCCUUCCUCUCUGUUGCGGUGUCUCUCUCUCUCUCCCCCUGUCAUAGCUGACACUCCUCGCUCCAGUCCUUGCGAGAGUCUUUAGGCUUGAGACCUUUCGCAGAGAUACUUCAGUUCACGUCUUCCUGUCACGCAAUAAGGGGUCCAGGUAACCGCAAUGGCUUGUAGAACGAACACUUGGCUGGCGACGUGGAUGCUCCUGGCGGCGGCGUUGAGUGCUACUUCACCUGUUUCCGCCUUGUUGGGCAUCCCCGAUUUCCUGGAAUUAGGCGAUUGCGCGAAGGUCGUGCUGAAGGAAAACUUUGAUCCCGUUAAGUAUGCGGGUCUUUGGUUCGACAUCGAGAGCGUCCCCAACCAGUACCAACAUACCAAGAAAUGCGUAACUCAGAACUACACCUGGACCGGGGAGUACAUGAAUGUGGGGACCCGGGGUUUGACCGACGAGGACGAGAAGGUUCGCCAGGGAGCCGUCAUGCACGUGGAGGAUUAUGAUGUGGAGAAGCCAGACCCUGCGUACAUGACCGUCGACGCCUCGGGAGUGCCCGCAGCACCUUACCAGAUCAUUGCAACAGAUUAUCGUACCUACUCCUGCGUUUACUCUUGCCUCGAGUACUUCGGAUUCAGGGCAGAGUUUGCCUGGGUGUUCGGCCGCACGCCCACGCUGCCUCCUAGCACAAUUGCCAGGUGCCAUAAGAAGUUCACCGGCAUGGGCGUCGAUCCCAAAAAGAUGUUCCCCAUCGUUCAAGGAGAAACUUGCCCAUACUACGAGAAACUCGACGAAAUGCUGGCCACGAGUGAGAGACAGCUGCUGAGGCUUCUCGGGCCCGACGUCCCUACCACUUCGACCACCACAACCAGCACCGUGACACCGAAGUUGGCGCACGAGGAAGUCGUGCUGGAGGAGAUCGAAGAGACGGUCAGGUUGGAGGAAAAGAUUGUUAAGGAAAUCGAAACAAAAGUUGAAGCAAAUCAAGAAGUUAAUCGAGUAGCUGUAGAGGAGAAAGAGGAACAUGUCGACUACAGCGCAGGCCUCCAGUCCUCGUCAUCCUGCUUGCUGCUCAGUCUUCUGUGUAUCACCGUCUGGAUUCUGCAUUGAGAUAUAUAAUGCACUUUGGGAGUUAGGAUCCCUUGAUUUAGGUUCCAUGUCUUCCUCCUUUAUAUUUCGUUGUCCGUUUAACAAAAUUUAAAUCAUGAGAGAAAAUUACUGCUUAAACUGUUUAUAUAUUUUUUUUUUUUUCGAAGUCCUUUGAUUAUCUUAGUUUUCUCAUUUCAUAACUUAAUCUUAUCACAUAAGUUUGUGGAUAGUUUUAUUACUGAAUGUGAGCUACCUAGAUGUAUAUGUAUAAAAAUUAAGUUAUAGUAAUUGUUGAAUAUAGUGGAGAUCUAUAUAAAUAAAUAUUUUAAAUGUAAUUUUAUUACUGAUACUUAUAGAUGCAAAAAUAUAUAUUUUAUCUGAUCCUGCAACGUACUGUGAAGUUGCCACAUAGUUUUUUUUCCAAUUUGGUUUAUAUAUUGCUGUUCUGUUUGUGGUUUUCAUUGUUGAUCUGUCAGAGUAUGCAAUGAUAUUAAAGGCACUUAAUUUUAUUAAAAGGGACACUCCCCAGAUUGCCAAAGAAAUCGUCAUUAACAAAUGUUUUAUUUUUUGUGGGUCUUGACUUUUAUAAGUGCAAAACUGGAUAAUAUAUAGCCUGUCAUUAAAAAAUCUAGUCUGUUUACCUGUAUCUAAUUAUAUUUUUUGCAUUUCUAAAAAUAAUGUAUAAGUUUGUUGAUUAAUCAAGCAGUGAUUAGUGCAUCAAUGAUAUCAAAAUUAAACACUAAAAUUGUUUCUAUGAAAUUUUUUUUUAUGGAAAUCAUUGCUUGUUGCUAAUGUUAGACAUGUAUCAAAAUUUUGUUGUUUAUAUAUUUUCAACAACUACUGGGUAAAAAUAACAACCGUACUAAUGUUAUCUCGGUGAUUCGUCAGUCAUUUGUUUAAAAAAAAUUAUGAAGCGAUACUUCCCGGAAAACUGAGGGAGUAAAAUGCCGAGUUAUUGUUGCUCAGUUGUUCAUGUGUUGCAUUUUGUUUGAGAACUCGAUUAUCAAACCAAAUGAAACGUGUUAUCAGUAUUCUUUGUAUUUAAUCCAG